ACUACUGUCUGAGUGCAUUGUCUGGAUCUUAGCUAAGAUUGUUUGAGCAGACUGUUUACCAUGAAGUGGAACUUGGUUAUUUUUUGUGGGUGUGUGGUGCUGGCUUUAAGCUAUGCAGCUCCAGCUCACCAUGAUGAUAUAAUGGCAGAUCAUCCUGAAGGAAAUCCAGAACCCGAGGAAGAUUCUCAUUACAAUGCCAAGCUUGACCGCUGCGAGGGAAUCGAGUUUGAUGCCAUCGCCCCUGAUGAGAAGGGAAACGCAAUCUUUUUUAAAGGUGAUCAUUUAUGGAAGGGUUUCUCAGGUCCAGCAGAGCUUGCGAAUGGUACAUUUCAGGAACUAGAUGAAUACCAUCAGCUGGGUCAUGUGGACGCAGCCUUCCGCAUGCACAAUAAAGAUGAGGAUCAGAAAGACCAUGACCAUGUCUUCUUUUUCCUGGAUGACAGAGUCUUCAGCUACUACAACCACUCUUUGGAAAAAGGCUUUCCAAUGGAGAUUCAGCAAGUGUUUCCAGGAAUUCCCAACCAUCUAGACGCAGCGGUUGAGUGCCCCAAAGGAGAGUGCAUUACUGACUCAGUCCUGUUUUUCAAGGGAAGGGAAGUUUACAACUUUGAUAUCAAGACCAAGACAGUAAAGACGAAGGUGUGGAAUCACUUGCCUAACUGCACCUCUGCUUUCCGGUGGUUAGAGCACUACUACUGUUUUCACGGUCACAACUUCACCAGGUUUCAUCCUGUCUCUGGAGAGGUGGUAGGAAAUUACCCAAAAGAUGCCAGACAUUACUUCAUGAAAUGUGCAGAUUUUGGUCAUGGAGCUGGUCACAGAAAGCCUCGCUGCAAACUUGAUGCCAUUACCACAGACAACACAGGAAAAUCAUAUGCAUUUAUAGGAAACAGUUACAUUAGGUUGGACACACACCGAGAUGGAAUCCAUCCGUUUCCUAUUGUAAGACUGUGGAAGGAAGUCUCAGGACACGUGGAUGCUGUGUUCUCCUACAGUGGCAAGUUAUACAUUAUCCAGGGUGAUCAAAUCUACAUCUACAAAUCAGCAGUACAUUACACCCUCAUAGAGGGCUAUCCAAAACCCAUUAAAGAGGAGCUGGGUAUUCAGGGACCCGUGGAUGCUGCAUUUGUAUGUAACGAGCAUGUAGUGCAUGUUAUACAAGGUCGGAAAAUGCUUGACAUUGAUCUGGAGGCCACCCCUAGACUUUUUAAGAGAGAAUCGUUUUUGCCCUUUCCCAAAACUGAUGCCGCUACAUGUUCCACUGAUGGUGUGCAGUUGUAUGUUGGUGCAGAAUAUUACAAGUAUCAGAGCCCAGAACUUCUGGCUAUGAGCAAGAUCAAUCCAGUACCACAGAAAAUCUCAUCUGAGAAAUUUGCCUGUGAAUAAUAAAAGGUUUAAAAUGCUG